CCUUCCUCGCGCAGGCGCAGGGCUCCCGGCCGCGGCCCCCUCCCCCACCUUGCAGCCGAGGGGCGGGUGCGCGCUGUCCAAGACAGCCACGGCUCCAUGGGGCUCCUGGGGCUCCUGAGCCUGCUGCACUCAUCCUUCUUCGGGGACCAGGUGCUGCAGGAGCUGAAGAUGACCAGCUCGAUGGCGUCCUAUGAGCAGCUGGUGCGGCAGGUGGAGGCCCUGAAGGCCGAGAACAGUCACUUGAGGCAGGAACUUCGGGACAACUCGAGCCACCUGUCCAAGCUGGAGACGGAGACCUCAGGCAUGAAGGAGGUCCUGAAGCGCCUGCAGGGGAAGCUGGAGCAGGAGGCCCGGGUCCUGGUGUCCUCCGGGCAGACCGAGGUGCUGGAGCAGCUGAAAGCUCUCCAAAUGGACAUUGCCAGCUUGUACAACCUCAAGUUCCAGCCACCUGCCUUGGGCCCGGAGCCCACUGCCCGGACCCCAGAGGGAAGCCCGGUCCACGGCUCUGGGCCAUCCAAGGACAGCUUCGGGGAGCUCAGCCGCGCCACCAUCAGGUUGCUGGAGGAACUGGACCGGGAGCGGUGCUUCCUGCUGAGCGAGAUCGAGAAGGAGGAGAAGGAGAAGCUCUGGUAUUACUCACAGCUGCAGGGCCUGUCCAAGCGCCUGGACGAGCUGCCGCACGUGGAGACGCAGUUCUCGAUGCAGAUGGACCUGAUCCGGCAGCAGCUGGAGUUCGAGGCGCAGCACAUCCGCUCCCUGAUGGAGGAGCGCUUUGGCACCUCGGACGAGAUGGUGCAGCGCGCGCAGAUCCGCGCUUCACGCCUGGAGCAGAUUGACAGGGAGUUGCUGGAGGCACAGGACCGGGUGCAGCAGACGGAGCCCCAGGCGUUGCUGGCAGUGAAGUCAGUGCCAGUGGAGGAGGACCCAGACACGGAGGUCCCCACGCACCCUGAGGACGGCAACCCUCAGCCAGGCAACAGCAAGGUGGAGGUGGUCUUCUGGCUGCUGUCCAUGCUGGCGACCCGCGACCAGGAGGACACAGCUCGAACGCUGCUGGCCAUGUCCAGCUCGCCUGAGAGCUGCGUGGCCAUGCGCCGCUCAGGCUGCCUGCCGCUGCUCCUGCAGAUCCUCCAUGGCACCGAGGCAGCGUCUGGGGGUCACAGCGGGACCCCUGGGGCGCUGGGUGCCAAGGACGCACGCAUGCGAGCCAAUGCCGCGCUGCACAACAUCGUCUUCUCACAGCCGGACCAGGGCCUGGCGCGCAAGGAGAUGCGCGUCCUGCACGUGCUGGAGCAGAUCCGGGCCUACUGCGAGACCUGCUGGGACUGGCUGCAGGCGCCGGACACGGCGCCCGAGGGAGGCGGCCCCGGCAGCACCCCUGUCCCCAUCGAGCCUCAGAUCUGCCAGGCCACCUGUGCGGUGAUGAAGCUGUCUUUUGAUGAGGAAUACCGCCGUGCCAUGAAUGAGCUAGGUGGGCUGCAGGCAGUAGCAGAGCUGCUGCAGGUGGACUAUGAGAUGCACAAGAUGACCCGGGACCCGCUGAACCUCGCCCUGCGCCGCUACGCCGGCAUGACCCUCACCAACCUCACCUUCGGGGACGUGGCCAACAAGGCCACUCUGUGUGCGCGUCGGGGCUGCAUGGAGGCCAUCGUGGCCCAGCUGGACUCGGACAGUGAGGAGCUGCACCAGGUGGUGUCCAGCAUCCUGCGCAACCUGUCCUGGAGGGCGGACAUCAACAGCAAGAAGGUGCUGCGGGAGGUCGGCAGCAUGACCGCACUGACGCAGUGUGUCCUGCGGGCCUCCAAGGAGUCCACCCUGAAGAGCGUGCUCAGCGCCCUGUGGAACCUGUCGGCCCACAGCACCGAGAACAAGGCGGCCAUCUGCCAGGUGGACGGCGCCCUGGGCUUCCUGGUGAGCACGCUCACCUACCGGUGCCAGGGCAACUCCCUGGCGGUCAUCGAGAGCGGCGGCGGCAUCCUGCGCAACGUGUCCAGCCUCAUCGCCACCCGCGAGGACUACAGGCAGGUGCUGCGGGACCACAGCUGCCUGCAGACGCUGCUGCAGCACCUCACCUCGCACAGCCUGACCAUCGUGAGCAACGCCUGCGGCACGCUCUGGAACCUCUCGGCUCGCAGCCCCCGUGACCAGGAGCUCCUGUGGGACCUGGGGGCCGUGGGCAUGCUGCGGAACCUGGUGCACUCCAAGCACAAGAUGAUCGCCAUGGGCAGCGCGGCUGCCCUGCGCAACCUGCUGGCCCACCGGCCCGCCAAGUACCAGGCCGCGGCCACGGCCGUCUCCCCCGGCACCUGUGUGCCCAGCCUGUACGUGCGGAAGCAGCGGGCGCUGGAGGCUGAGCUGGACACCAGGCACCUGGCACAGGCACUUGGUCACCUGGAGAAGCAGGGCCUGCCUGAGCCUGAGACGGAGCCCACCUCCACGAAGCCGCUGCCGUCCCUGCGUCACUUGGACGGCCUGGCCCAGGACUAUGCCUCGGACUCGGGCUGCUUUGACGACGACGAUGCGCCCUCCCUGGCGGCCACGGCCGCCGCCGCGGAGCCGGCCAGCCCAGCCGUACUGUCUCUGUUCCUGGGCAGCCCCCUCCUUCAGGGACAGGCCCUGGCCCGCACCCCACCCGUCCGCCACAGCAGCAGGGAGCCUGAGAAGGAGGCUGGGGGGGAGGCCGCGGUGGCAGCCAAAGCCAAGGCCAAGUUGGCGCUGGCGGUGGCCCGGAUCGACCGGCUGGUGGAGGACAUCUCCGCCCUGCACACCUCUUCCGACGACAGCUUCAGCCUCAGCUCUGGGGACCCAGGGCAGGAGGCGCCGAGGGAGGGCCGGGCCCCAUCCUGCUCGCCUGGCAGGGUCCCUGACGGGGGGAGGAGGGAGGCCGGCAGCCGGGCCCACCCGUUGCUGCGGCUCAAGGCAGCCCACGCCAGCCUCUCCAACGACAGCCUCAACAGCGGCAGCACCAGCGACGGGUACUGCCCACGGGAGCACCUGCAGCCCUGUCCACUGGCUGCACUGGCCGAGCACCGUGAGGACCCCCUGAACGGGCAGGCGCGGCCCAGCCGGCUGGACCUCCACCUGCCAGGGAGCCAGGCUGAGCCACCUGCCAGGGACCUCGCAGCUGCUGAGGCCCGCAUCAGGACCAUCAAGCUGUCGCCCACCUAUCAGCAUGUGCCACUGCUCGAAGGGGCAGCCGGGACGGGGUCCCGGCCCCUGGCCCAGCCGGGGGCCUCCCCGGGGGCUCGAAAGCAAGCCUGGAUGUCGGCAGACGGCCUGAGCACAGUGCCCGAGAAGCUGGCAGCUGCCCCGGCGCCCAUGGCCAGCAAGGUGCUGCAGAAGCUGGUGGCCCAGGAGGGGCCACUGUCCCUCUCGCGCUGCAGCUCACUGUCCUCUCUGUCCUCAGCCGGCCACCCUGGCCCCAGUGAGGGUGGCAACCUGGAUGAUAGUGACUCUUCCCUGGAGGGGCUGGAGGAAGCUGGCCCUGGGGAGGCCGAGCUGGAUGGGUCAUGGAGGGGCCCUGGGUCCACCUCGCUGCCAGUGGCCAUUCCCGCACCCCGCCACAGCCGCAGCCGGGGCCUGGGGGUGGAAGAUGCCACGCCAUCCAGCUCUUCAGAGAACUGCGUGCAAGAGACACCCCUGGUGCUGAGCCGCUGCAGCUCAGUGAGCUCGCUGGGCAGCUUUGAGAGCCCUUCCAUCGCCAGCUCCAUCCCUAGUGACCCCUGCAGUGGUCUGGGCAGCGGCACGGUCAGCCCCAGUGAGCUGCCCGACAGCCCCGGGCAGACCAUGCCACCCAGCCGUAGCAAGACACCGCCGGUGCCAUCGGGCCAGCCCGAGGCCAGCCAGUUCAGCCUGCAGUGGGAGAGCUACGUCAAGCGCUUUCUGGACAUUGCCGACUGCCGCGAGCGCUGCCGGCCGCCCUCUGAGCUGGACGCGGGCAGUGUGCGCUUCACAGUGGAGAAGCCAGACGAGAACUUCUCCUGUGCGUCCAGCCUCAGCGCGCUGGCUCUGCAUGAGCUCUAUGUGCAGCAGGACGUGGAGCUGCGGCUGAGGCCGCCCGCCUGCCCUGACCGGAGUGGGGGCGGGGGCCAUCGCCGCCGAGACGAGGCCAGUGGCCGCCCAGAAGGGCCAGCACCAGGAGGCUCUCGAGCCCGUGCAGCUGCUGACCAGGAGCUGGAGCUGCUUCGAGAGUGCCUGGGGGCCGCUGUGCCAGCUCGGCUCCGCAAGGUGGCCUCGGCUCUGGUGCCUGGCCGCCGGGCGCUGCCAGUGCCCGUCUACAUGCUGCUGCCUGCCCCAGCCCGGGAUGAUGACUCUGGCACCGACUCGGCUGAGGGCACACCUGUCAACUUCUCCAGUGCUGCCUCCCUCAGCGAUGAGACCCUGCAGGGUCCCCCCAGGGCCCAGUCCCGGGAGGCGGCAGACAGGCAGAAACCCACAGGUCCUGCAGCCCCCACCAGGCAGGCAGCCGGGCACCAGACCAAGGCAGGGGGCAUUGGCAAGAGCAGGGAGCAGUCCUGGCGCACAGGCAGGAAUCGGGCAGGGCUGGAGCUACCCCUCAGCAGGCCCCUGAGCGCGCACUCCGACAGAGAGGCCUCGAGCCAGGGCCGGUCCAGCGGGGACGGAGGGCUGCAGUCGCUGUGCCUCACAACGCCCACCCAGGAGGCUGUGUACUGCUUCUGCGACUCUGAUGAGGACCUGGAGCCGGCGGCCACAGCUCCAGCCCCCCAGAGGGCAUCUGCUAUACCCCGCGCUCUAAAACGGGAGGGCCUGAUGGGUAGGAAGGAGGCCCGAGCCCCAUCCAAGCUCCCCUCAACUGUCCCGCCACCUGCAAGGGCCCAACCCAGGCUGAUCGCGGAUGAGACUCCCCCCUGCUACUCCUUGAGCUCCUCGGCCAGCUCCCUCAGUGAGCCUGAGCUCUCCGAGCGGCCAGCCAGCGUCACCAAGGACCCAGGCCCGAGCAGUGGGCCCGAGAGCUCGCCAAGCCCCCGGGCCGAGGAGGAGCUGCUGCGGAGGUGCAUCGGCUCAGCCAUGCCUAGGCGGCGGCCCCAGGCACCAGGCCCUCGGCGUCGCAAGCCCCGAGUCACCCGGCUGGACAUCCGGCCAGCAGAGGUACCUCAGGGGUGCAGUGAGGAGGUGGCGGGCUCAGACCCAGCCUCGGACCUGGACAGCGUGGAGUGGCAAGCCAUCCAGGACGGGGCCAACUCCAUUGUCACGUGGUUGCACCAGGCCGCGGCAGCGGCCACCGUGGAGGCCUCCUCAGAGUCUGACUCCCUCCUGUCCUUGGUGUCUGGGCUGUCAGGGGGCCCCACCCUGCCGCCCUCCAAGCACAGGAAGGGGAGACAGCCUGGAGCAGGGGCCAAGAUGGGCAGUGCCCAGCGGCCAGAGAAGCGGGGCCUGGCCACCAGCAAGAGCAGUGGGAGCCCCCGCUCACCCGCAGGCCCUGAGAAGGGGCACCUCGCUCAGAAGACUGUGCCUGAGGGGCCUGCUGUACUUCGGGGUCGCACAGUGAUCUAUGUGCCCAGUCCUGCCCAUCGAGCCCAGCCCAAAGGCAUCCCUGGCCCCCGUGCCACACCCAGGAAAUUGGGGAACCCUGGCCCCACACAGCCUGAGGCCAAGGCCAAAACCUCCAACCCUGGGCAGCAGCGGUCGCGGAGCCUGCACCGGCCUGGCAAGAGUUCAGAGCUGGCCGAACUGAGCCGCCCACCUAGGAGCGCCACACCCCCUGCCCGCCUGGCCAAGACCCCAUCCUCCAGCUCCUCCCAGACCUCUCCCGCCUCCCAGCCCCUGCCCAGGAAGUCCCCUCUGGCCACCUCGGCUGCAGGUCCCCUGCCUGGCCCCGAGGCGACCUCGCUACCCAAGACGCCUGCUCGGGCCCUUCUGGCCAAGCAACACAAGACACAGAAGUCGCCCGUGCGGAUCCCGUUCAUGCAGAGGCCGGCUAGACGGGGGCCGCCGCCGCUAGCCAGGGCAACCCCAGAGCCGGGUCCCAGGAGCCGGGCGGCAGCCGAGGGAGUCCCGGGGACGCGCGGGGGCCGCCUGGGCCUCGUGCGCGUGGCCUCGGCCCGCUCCAGCGGCAGCGAGUCCUCUGACCGCUCGGGAUUCCGGCGGCAGCUGACCUUCAUCAAGGAGUCGCCGGGCUUGCUGCGUCGACGCCGGUCCGAGCUGUCCUCAACAGAGUCCGCAGCCUCCGUCCCCCCAGGCGAGGAGCUGGCCACCAGCCGAGUGGCCCUGGUGGUCAGAGGAGUCAGAACCAGCCCUCAUGGAUGA